AUAAACUGUACACGCGUCGUGAAAGUGCCUGAACUAAAAAGAAGUCCGACUGGGGUCAUACCACUUCGACAGGAUUGCGAUAUUCGCACCAGUCUGCAGUCAUGCCUGCUGCUAAGAGGAAGUCACCAAAGUCAUGGACCGAGAUCGCUGAGAAAGCCCAAAGUCAUCGAGAUGUUACAAUAGCCAGUCUGUCUCCAUCGGCACCCAAAGUGCCCCCAGAUCUGCCGAAGAACGUCUUGCACAUACCCGAGCAAUUACUAGACCAGUCUGUUCUAUUGAUUACGAACCUGCCUUUUGAAGAGCUACUUCUGUGUCUCUCAACCGGUCAGCUGUCCGCUGUUCAAGUCACAACUGCUUACCUGCAACGUGCUGCCGUUGCUCAAGGUCUGUCGAACUGCCUGACAGAGCUCCUACCCUCUCUUGCACUAGAUCGUGCAAAACAACUCGAUGCUUACUUUCAAACACACCAGCGUCCAAUUGGCCCACUGCACGGUCUACCUAUCAGCUUGAAGGAGCAUCUUGGUCUCCAAGGUCUGCGGUGUACGACUGGCUACGUAUCGCACUGGGACACCAUCGCGAAAGAGGAUGCGCACAUCAUCCAGGUACUCCGAGAUGCAGGCGCGGUCUUCCACUGCAGGACAACUAUACCACAGACGAUGAUGCAUUUGGAGACAGACUCGAACCUUUACGGCGUCACGACAAACCCCUACAACAGCAAUCUGACAUCAGGAGGCAGCUCAGGCGGCGAAGGUGCACUAGUCGCUCUUCGUGGCUCUUGUCUGGGCAUUGGUUCGGACGUAGGCGGUUCAAUUCGAAGUCCAGCCGCUAAUUGUGGCGUCUACGGUUUGAAACCAACAGCUUUUCGACUGCCGACUGAUGGCUGGGGGUACAUGAUGGCGGGCGCCGAUACCGUCGAGACUGUGCUGGGCCCUCUCUCGACUUCGUUGCAAGGAUUAAAAAAUUUCAUGAAGACUAUCAUCGACUCAGAACCUUGGCUUGCGGAGCCUGCGCUGAUACCGAUGCCCUGGCGAACGUACUCUGUCCCUACUGACAGGCCACUGCGGAUAGGCGUGCUAUGGCAUGACAGGAUUGUGUGGCCGCAUCCACCGAUCACUCGCGCCCUGAAGCUGGUCACGGACGAACUCAAAGAGCACAACAUCGAGGUCGUCGACUUCGCGCCCCAUCUACACGAUGAAGCCUGGGCGAUCUUAGCAUCGCUCUACUACCCCGAUGGCGGAGAAGCCGACUCUGAAGACAUUGCGUCCUCUGGCGAACCAUGGCGACCGCUGUCCAAAUGGAUUAUCAAAGACAACCCGUGCGUUAAGAAGCUUUCAGUCGGCGAGCUGGCGUACUGGCUUGAAGAGCGUGAAGCAUAUCGCAAGGAGUACGCGCUGCACUGGAAGAAGCACGGUAUUGACGCGUUGCUAUGCCCUGUAGGCCCUGGUGUCGCGCCAAAGCACAAUACGGCGAAGUACUGGAGCUAUACAAGUCAGUGGAAUUUGCUCGAUUAUCCUGGGCUUGUGUUUCCUGUGUGUAAGGUCGAUAUGGCGAAGGAUAAGUGGACUGGUGACGAGCAGCUACUUGGUGAGCUUGACAAGGAGAACAGGAGUCUCUGGGACGCCGAAGAGUUUCAUGAUGCACCUGUUGGACUUCAGCUCGUGGGCAGACGAUUCGAGGAUGAAAAGAUCGUGGGCAUUCUUGAAUAUCUCACUGACAAGAUUGGUCUACCACAACAGGUGUUCUUCUGA